CAGGAAGGUCACACCAUCCCCCACCAUCAUCAGCGUGAGGAACUCAUUGAUAUAAAAGCCGAGGUGAAGGAGGAAGAAGAAGAGACGUAUGUGAUGGGUGAUCAGCAGAGCAUGAAGAAGGAAAAGGAGGAAUCUUCUCUGAAAACCAGCUCAAAUGGAAAGUAUUGUUCAGAGAUCAAUACAUUGGAGAGAAGUCUUAUUACGUCUCCAGAUUGUGCAACGUCACCAUCUUUUGCAGUACUAUUUCCUAUGAAUGUAACAUUUUACUAUUUGGUCAGACCAAUGGAUCCUUCUAAUCCUGAGAAAUCCCAUACUAUGACUACAGAUGUCCAUCUAAGACCAAUGGGUCCUUCUAAUCCUGAGAAAUCCCAUACUAUGACUUCAGAUGUCCAUCUAAGACCAAUGGGUCCUUCUAAUCCUGAGAAAUCCCAUACUAUGACUACAGAUGUCCAUCUAAGACCAAUGGGUCCUUCUAAUCCUGAGAAAUCCCAUACUAUGACUUCAGAUGUCCAUCUAAGACCAAUGGGUCCUUCUAAUCCUGAGAAAUCCCAUACUAUGACUACAGAUGUCCAUCUAAGAUCAAUGGGUCCUUCUAAUCCUGAGGAACCUUCUCAUAAAUCCCAUACUAUGACUUCAGAUGUCCAUCUAAGACCAAUGGGUCCUUCUAAUCCUGAGAAAUCCCAUACUAUGGCUACAGAUGUCCAUCUAAGACCAAUGGGUCCUUCUAAUCCUGAGAAAUCCCAUACUAUGGCUACAGAUGUCCAUCUAAGACCAAUGGGUCCUUCUAAUCCUGAGGAAUCCCAUACUAUGACUUCAGAUGUCCAUCUAUGUUCUCACAGUGCUGACCAAUCAACAGAUCCAUCCAAUCUCCAGAAACCCUCUUCAACCCAUGAGGGAGCUCACACAGGAGGGAGCACAUUGCCAUGUUUGGUGUGCGGAAAAACAGUCACUAAGCAAAAUGCAGUUGUUAACCACCAGAAAUCUGACAAGCCUGAGAGUUCUAAUUCGUGUUCAGAGUGCGGAAAAAGUUUUGCUAAGAAACAAAACCUUCGUGUACACCAGCGAACACACACUGGUGAGCGUCGCUUUUCCUGCUCAGAGUGCGGAAAAAGUUUUUAUGAGAAACACAUUUUUCUUACACACCUUAGAACUCACACUGGUGAGCGCCCCUUUCCUUGUCCAGAGUGCGGUAAAUGUUUUUCUGAAAAGGCAUACCUUCACAAACACCAGAAAAUUCACGCGAGUGAGCUUCCUUAUCCAUGUUCAGAGUGUGGAAAAGGUUUUCCUACAAAACAAAGCCUUGUGAAACACCAGGGAAUACAUACGGGCGUGCGGCCCUUUUCUUGUUCAGAGUGCGGAAGAGGUUGUUCUACAAAAGAUAAGUUUGUUAUACACCAGAGAAUUCAUACGGGAGAGCGUCCCUUUAGCUGUUCAGAGUGUGGAAAAUCUUUUUCUGAUAAAGGAAGCCUUCGUAAACACGAGAGAACCCACACGGGUGAGCGUCCCUAUGACUGUUUAGAGUGCGGGAAGUCUCUUUCUAGUAGAAGUUGCCUUCGUAUACACCAGAGAACUCACACGGGUGAGCGUCCCUUUUGCUGUUCUGAGUGCGGAAAAUGUUUUUCUAACCAAGAAUUCCUUCUUAAACAUCAGGGCGUUCAUACGGGGGAGCGUCCCUUUUCCUGUUCGGAGUGCGGAAAAAGUUAUUUUGACCAGACAAGACUUCGCACACACCAGAAAAAAGAACACUGUUGACCGUCCAUAUAAUAAAAUGUUUAUAAUGGGGUAAA